AUGGUAGAUGAUGCCGAGAUCUCUGCUCAGCCAUUGACCUGGAACCUCAAGCUCAACCGCCGCCAACGACGUCUCGCAUUGCUACGCUUCAAAAUGAUCCGAGACCUAUCUCAAAUCAACCAGCUUUUCAGGCACGUUGUGCUGAAAGUCUUUCUACCAGACUUUGAAGUCUCCUACCGUGGCCGAGCAAUCACUCUCGCCGUAGUGCUACCAGAUAUCGAUGCCUUCGAUUCAUGUUAUGUCGUCAUCUACCAGCGAUCAAGACGAGGUGUUGCCUCUUUUAUUGCACAUUUGACCGAAUUUCAGCCUGAGUUCAAAAACAUCCAUUUAAGGAUGCGACCUCACUCCUUUGUGUAUGCGUUUACUGGUGGACGCGGCUCUAGAUACCGUAAUCCCAUGGCGGGACUUCUCGCGCUCAAAGACAUCAUUCUUGACGAAGACUGCAGAACCCCGGAAUCACUGCGACACAGCCGGUACGACAGCACGUUGGACUCCAUUCCACGCCAUGCGAAGAGACUUCAAGUCAUGGAGAAGUCCCUGGGACCCCAAUUCUACACACUUUGGAAGCCGUACUCUAACCAGCGAAGGGUGCGUAUGUUCGUAAACUUUUGCGACACAUCGGAACCACAGUUCGAGCUAGUUCCCACCGCGCGAGGCCUGCAAAUUCGAAGAGCGUAG